CUACCCAACUAAGACUUGUACUUCUUCAUUUUCGAUCGACCAUGCUGCCGGUCCUCUUGCGCUCCCAAUCGUGACAUGUACCAGUGUCUGUCAUCCCUGUCGCCACGCAUUUUGCCGUCGCCAUCGCCGUCCCAGCCGUCACCAUUGCCACAGUGGCCAUCACCUCUGCUGCACACCCCCAGCUGCUCAACGUAGAAUUCACGCUUGUCUCAUACGUAAGGAUUUGCACUUGGAUCGUUUGCAUUUUUGCCUCAAGAGAUCAGUACAGCUUCUUCAGGGUAUAUCUAAUCCUGAGCUUGCAACAAAUAUCAAUGGCUUACAGACGCUGUCUCUUGAUAAGAGGAAAACUCAUUGAUCAGAAAUGCCACCCAUCUUUAAGUUAUCUGCUCCAUAGUGAUGAACGUAAACGUGAAUGUCCAGAUGGAAAAUUACCUGCAGCAGAAGUUGGUCAUCUUCUCCAGAAUAGGUCAUUUGGCAGCUCUAUAAAUGUAUCACCAGGGUUUGCUGCCACUUCUCAGCUUGCCAUAAAUUCAAAUAGUUUCCUUGUCCCAUGCUCUGGAUAUUCUUUUUGCCGAUAUAUGUCUACAAUCAAUCAGGGUUCUAAUGAUAUUGAGUUCACGAGUGAUGUAGCAAAUAUCCUAACAGACACAACCAUGGAGGCUGUUGCUUCCCAGGCUCCUGUACUUAAUGAAGUUGCAAUAGCUUCUGCUGAUUCGUAUUUACCUGUUCAAGCUUUGCAGUAUUUCAUAGAUUAUGUGCAUACCUACACUGGAUUAAACUGGUGGGCAGCUAUUGCUCUAACAACCCUCCUUAUUCGAGGUGCAACACUCCCACUCUUAAUAAAUCAACUCAAGGCCACCAGUAAGCUUACUCUAAUGAGGCCUCACUUGGAGGAAAUUAAGCAAGAGAUGCAAGAUAAGGCUAUGGAUCCCAUGGCUGUUGCUGAAGGUCAAAAGAAGAUGAAGAAGCUGUUCAAUGAAUAUGGUGUGAGUCCAUUUACUCCAUUGAAAGGACUCUUUAUUCAAGGUCCUAUCUUUGUCAGCUUUUUCCUUGCGAUAACAAACAUGGCUGAGAAAAUGCCAUCAUUCAAAAAUGGUGGAGCCUACUGGUUCCUUGAUCUCUCAACACCGGAUAGCUUGUACAUUCUGCCAAUUCUCACAGCAUUGUCAUUCUUAAUAACAGUAGAGUGCAAUAUGCAAGAGGGUAUGGAAGGAAAUCCUGUUGCUGGCACCAUGAAAAAUGUCUCUAGGGUUCUUGCUGUUCUCACCGUUCCUUUUACCAUGGGAUUUCCGAAGGCUAUAUUUUGUUACUGGGUUACAUCAAAUUUGUUUUCACUGGUGUACGGACUUGGGCUUAAAGUUCCUGGCGUUAAAAAAGCAUUAGGCGUUCCAGAAAUACCUGCUGCUGCACCCACCAAUAACACAUCACAAUCUCCAUUCUCUUUCUUUCCAGCACUAAAGAAAGACUCAUCUGCGACAACAGAAUCAAACUCAGCGCCAGUUGAACAAUCGAAGUUUCCAGGUCAGAAGAUAUCUUCUUCAUCUAUCAUUAGUCAGAGGCUUCGAAGUUUAGAGAAACAAGUCAAAGGAAGAAAGAAGAGCAAGAAGCUCUGAGCAAGAGUUUCACCUGCCACUGAAUGUGGCUAUGAUUUGAUUUUGUAAUAUUUAUUAUCCUCUGAUGUAGCAAUUAUGAAUUAUUAUAUAUUAGUUCGAUUAAGAGAGACUAGGCAAUUAAUCCUAUUAAUUUAUGAUUAUAUGCGAUUUCCUGAGGGAAAUUUUUGUUCUGGAUUUGUUUUUUGGGAAUAGGUUGCUGUGAAAAAGGCAGCCUUGAUAUAUGUAUUCAUACUGAUUCAUCAUGGCGUCGAAUGUUUGUUCC